UAUCUUUAUUCUUCUUUGUUUCUCAUAUUUCCAUGUUAAACUUCACCUAAAACUUGGGAAGAUACGAAGAAAUAUCUUCUACAGAUGUUCACAAUUCCUUCGCCACAGACACUAAGAGGUUUGCUUGGAAUCAAAGUUAUUUGGAAAUGGAAGAAAGAACCCCUACAUUGUCUAGCUCUAGCUCCAGAGCAAGAAGAAAGUUGCAUUUUUAUUUAGAAUGUACUCCUGAGGUUUUUAUGUUAAAGAUUAUUGAACAGCAACUAAAGAUGCACGAGACUUAUUGUGAAGUAUUCGAGUCCUAAAAUAGAGAUCUGAUCACCCAAGUCAUAAAGACACCGAUGGCAUGAAUUGAGAAAAUCCCUCACGAAUGAUAUCUCCAACCUGAUUUGAGCAUGGUAGUCCUAUCCAUACUGGAUCGGAGGUGAUAACCUAAUUAUUUUGUCACUAGAUUUUAUGACAAUCUUCAUCUUCUUUUUGAUAAUGGCC